CUCGUUCAGGGGAAUGUAAUGAAUGUUGCUCCACGGCGGAAAACGCUGGCGCUCCGUAAGAGCCGAUUCUGCUGCGAUGACAGUCCCGGAGCUUUAUGGCUGGUCUUGCACAAAAUGAAGAAGAACUGGAAGAGCUUAUUACACUGUCUGGACUGGUUUGAGGAGGCAAACGGUAACGUUGCGUUAGGAGGUGUCGCUGACCGCCAGCUGCUGGUCAGUGGGCUCACUGUUAGCACUGUUAGCACUGUCACAGCUGUGAAGGCUCACACUGCUCGCUCUCUGGAUACCACGAGCUCGCCGUUUACCGGCCUUUUCGCAUAAUUGCGUUUAUGACAGAUUGAAGCUGGUCGCCAUGCCAUCAUGAUUUGCUUUGGGACACUCCCACUAAUCCAGAGUCACUCAAAAGAAAUACCUGCGCUCUCUCCUCGCUGUCCUCAGUCUCCUCGCUGUCCUCAGUGUCCUCGGUGUCCUCAGCAUUAAGUCAGCAGUUCAGCUGCAAAAAUGAAGCUCAAACUUAAGACUGUGUUCCUGCUCUACUUCAUGGUGUCUCUGAUGGGGCUCGUCUAUGCACUGAUGCAGUUAGGUCAGCGCUGUGACUGUAGAGAACAUGACUUGCCUAAAGAUCGAACCAUCUCUCAAUUGAGGGGCGAGCUGCAUAAAUUACACGAACAAAUGAGAAAGUCAGAACCAACAAAAGCCUCCAAGAAAACUAGUCUGCCAACCAUCUAUGUAAUAACGCCUACUUAUGCAAGACUGGUGCAGAAGGCUGAGCUCACUCGUUUGUCCCAGACGUUCCUGCAUGUUCCUCAGCUUCACUGGAUCCUCGUGGAGGAUGCUCCACACAAGACGCCUUUAGUCAGAGACUUUCUUGCUGCCUCUGGUCUGACUUACACCCACCUCCACAUGCUAACCCCUAAAGAGAGAAAACUCCAGGAGGGUGACCCCACCUGGCUAAAGCCUCGAGGAGCUGAGCAGAGGAAUGAGGGCCUGCGCUGGCUGAGGGAAAUGGCUGCUGCAGCUGGGGGGAAGGGACCGACUAUUGAGAGCGCUGUUGUGUAUUUUGCUGAUGAUGACAACACAUACAGCCUGCAGCUCUUUGAAGAGAUGCGAUACACUGUGAAGGUCUCCGUUUGGCCAGUGGGACUGGUUGGGGGGAUGAAGUUUGAGCGGCCUGUGGUGGAGAACGGGAAAGUAGUUCGGUUCCACACUGGAUGGCGUCCCAGUCGCCCCUUCCCGAUCGACAUGGCUGGCUUUGCUGUCUCCCUAAAACUGGUACUGGACAACCCUGAAGCUCGGUUUGAUGGUGAUGCACAGAUUGGCUUCCUGGAAAGCAGCUUCUUGCAAAACAUGGUUACUAUGGAGGAGCUGGAGCCCAAAGCUGACAUGUGCAAUAAGGUGCUGGUGUGGCAUACUCGCACGGAAAAGCCAAAGAUGAAGAGGGAAGAGGCUCUCAUAAAGCAGGGUCUAGGAUCAGAUCCCAAUGUGGAGGUGUGAGUCCAUCCCCUCCAGAAACAUUCACACAUACACACACGUCUGAAAUUCUUCCAGACUGCUAAAAUGAGAAUACGACUAAGAGGUUUACCAUAUUGCCAUGUUUAAAUAAUUCUUUAUUGUUAAAAAUUCUAGUGCAUUUUCAGGUGUACAGUCUGAGGGGAAAAAGGGUACGUCUUCAGUACCUUUACUUUGGGAACUAUAAAAAAAAAAAGUCCCAUAUAAUUGGGAAUUAUUUUUUAUGUUACAUUAACUCAACUCUGUCUCAACUCAGGCUUUUAUUUUAUUAUUCUUUAAAAUGUUAGGCUAUGAAAAGGUAAAAAAUGUGUACCUUUCCCCUGGGAAGAGGAAUGUAGUGAACCUGUAAAACUCAUUUAAGAUACACAGUUGGACUAUAGGACCAUUGUUGUACCUACAUGUAGGAAAAAAUUACUUUCUGUGAACACAAAUGUACCCAGAGUACCCUUUUUCUGACAGUGUUUAGUGAAAUUAGAGAACAGCAUUAAGUCUUGAAUCUUAUUGACUAAGAUCAUUUUAGUCCUAGAGUGUCAGAAAUACUAUGGACCACCACACUGGUCUGAAAUGUCAGUCUUGUUGUAUUUGCAGCAGUCAGUAUUCAUCGAACUGAAUGUACCUUUUAUGAUUUAAUGACAUCUGAAAUGGUCUUAAAAGACCUGAAGAAAGUAAACAAUGACCUCUGAUCUAGUAUUAUGACAAGUAUUAUGUUUCAUACAAGUUUUUCCCGUCCUGCAAACACACUGGACUCUGGCCUUA